UUGUUUGCCAGUCUCGUCGGCGAUUCGUACGCUCCACAUCAGACCAGAGCUGAGCGCUAUCGCUGCGAUUGCUAUUGUGUGACUUUAUUAUUUAUUAUUAUACGACGUUAAGUUUAUGUUUUAAAAAGUUAUUUACGGUAACACAGUGCAGUACUAAAUAUUAAGAAUGCGCUUAAUUAUCUUGGAGACGAGCAAAUCGGUGGGCAGUUGGGCAGCCAAAUAUGUGGCAAAGCGGAUCCACGACUUCAAUCCGGGACCCGAUAAAUACUUUGUUUUGGGCUUGCCCACAGGUAGCACCCCAUUGGGGAUGUACAAAGAACUGAUUGAGUUCCAUAAGCAGGGCAAGGUCUCCUUUCGUUAUGUGAAAACCUUCAAUAUGGAUGAGUAUGUGGGCCUGCCGCGUGAUCAUCCCGAGAGCUAUCACUAUUUCAUGUGGCACAAUUUCUUCAAGCACAUUGACAUUGAGCCGGCGAAUGUUCACAUUCUGGAUGGCAAUGCUAAGGAUUUGGUCGCCGAAUGCAAUUUGUUCGAGCAGCAGAUUAAGGAAGCGGGCGGUGUGGAGCUAUUCAUUGGCGGCAUCGGACCCGAUGGACACAUUGCCUUCAAUGAGCCGGGCUCCUCGUUGGUGUCGCGCACGCGUGUCAAGACCCUGGCGCAGGAUACGCUGGAAGCGAACGCCCGUUUCUUUGACAACGACAUGAGCAAAGUGCCCAAGCAGGCGUUGACUGUGGGCGUGGGCACGGUCAUGGACUCGAAAGAGGUGAUGAUUCUGAUAACAGGCGCACACAAAGCAUUCGCCUUGUACAAGGCCAUCGAGGAGGGCGUCAAUCACAUGUGGACGGUCAGCGCCUUCCAGCAGCAUGCGAACACCUUGAUGAUCUGCGAUGAGGAUGCCACUCUGGAGCUGCGUGUCAAGACGGUUAAAUAUUUCAAGGGCAUUCUCAGAGAUGCAAAUGCAGUCGACUCCCCGGAAGCUUACACAAAAUGUAAAAGCCUGAUGGACGUUCACUCGCAGCUGAUAGAACAGCGAAAGACGGAAACCUAGCCGUAGAGCAGCUCAUUCAACCUGCAAUCUAUCAACAACAACAACUAUAACAACAAAUCGAAUUU